AGUCUCUUUAGGUCAUACCAUACCGCUUUUCUUAUAAAUACUUUUCUCUUAUGUUAUUUCGAAGUUUUCGGUGAUUAGUUUUCCGUAACUUGGUAACAGACAGGCUCGUUAGCGAACAUGGAUCAAUUCGGAGCAUCUUGCUGGGCGAACAUUAAUUGGAAAAUUUUGUAUAAAAUUGUUCGAAACUUGAAAUUCAUGGAUCUCAAAUCCUGCACGCUGGUUUGUCGCCAUUGGAACGGGGUUGUAUUUCAAACCAUCUUGUGCAACUUGGUAAAGUUUCCGCUAGCCAAAAUUGACGGAUCGUCCGGACAACUAGUACCCUUCGAUUUGAAGAUGGCCCAAGCGAUCAAAAGAAGCUACAUUCGGCUGCGGGUCGAGUGGAAUAACGAUUGUCCAGCGGAUUAUUUUUGCACGAUCCAUACUCUGCUCGAAAUAGUACUUUCUAAGCUAGAAACUUCUAACUGCCAGUUGACUAUCAGAGCCAGUCCAGAUUCGCGGUUUAGUCGGUUUUUCAAGGAACAGCAAACGUUUUUAAAGAAGAUAUGCGAACUGAAGGUGAUAUUAGAACAACCGGUCCUUCCAUAUGGAAUCGAAAAUUCAACCACUGUCUGCGAUUUAACGGAUUUACCCACCUAUGAUAUACUUGAUAUUGAUAUGCCGGAGUUAACCUCGUUAUGUUGGGAAGACAUCACUCUUGGAGCCUCAAGUGGCACAAAACCUUUGCUUCGACUAUUGGCACCUCGUUUGGUUUUUCUCAACAUCAAGCAAUGUUUUCAAUGGGAGCCAUACGGCCAGUUGCGUAUUUUAGAAACGAACUCGUUGAAGCAAAUCAAAUUGGAUAUACCCAACAGAGUUUGGCCACGUUUUCAUAAAAACAACCUUUCAAACCUGGAAGUUUUUAAGUUCUCUUACAAUGUGCGGUAUUUUGGAAACGACUAUACCAUUGAUCCGGUGGAUAUUUGUGAGCUGUUCUCUAGAUUGACCAAUUUGAAGCAAAUCAAAGUUGAGCACAUGAACGAUGAACUACUGAAAACGAUCUGUCGAUAUUGUUGCGUAUUGGAAACAUUGUUCGCAUACAAAUUCGCACUAAGGUCUCAAUCGUUUGCUUCGUUAUCAGCUUCGAAGAAAUUAAAGGAACUUUCCUUAAUCGAAGGGACCAUUUUCGAGGGUGAUACUAAAGUAUCUUGUGAAGGUUUACGAAAUGUCUACGUACAAGAUGUAAGACUGAUCAAUGCCAAAUUUCCGAUCGUGUUAAAUCAUGAAGGCAUGAAGGUAACGAUACAUUAUGAAGAAAUUGGCCCGGGCGCGUGGAUGUGUCGUUCAGUUAGAAAAUAAUUUUCAUGAUUAGGCCACUAGGUCUAUAAUUUUUUCAUUCUUCCUGAUUACUACCUAUACAUUUAAUAAUAUUUCGUUAUUUGACUACAGGUGUGUGUUCUUUGAGGCAAUUUCCAAUUGCAUUUGAUAAAUACCCAGUUUUUAAGUAAGAUACAAAU